AUGUUAUACCUUGGACUACUCCUUUCUCUGAGCCUGGCAAAGGGUGAAAAUUGCCAUAUUCUGGGAAAUCCAGCAUAUCCUCUACUGUCGAAAGAUGGAGAUGUAACAAUUGGAGCUAUCUUUUCAAUCCAUGGUGGUACACAAAUGCAAUCACUGCCAUACACUGAAAAACCUCAACCUUUAAUUUGCAUAAGAUUCAACCUCAGAGAAUUCCGGCUUGCUCAGACAAUUGCUUUUGCAGUUGAUGAAAUCAACAAAAGCAACAGCUUGCUCCCAAAUAUCACGCUUGGUUACAGAAUUUAUGACAAUUGUGACUCAAGAUUGUUGUCUAUGAAGGCAGCCAUGGCUUUCUUGAAUGGUAUGGAUAUAACAGCGCAUGAUGGCUGUUCUGGACAAGCAGCAGUACAAGCCAUCAUAGGGGAGUCAGAGUCUACUCCUACUAUCGCACUCACAAGAACUACAGGGCCUUUUAAGAUCCCAGUGAUAAGUCAUGCUGCCACAUGUGACUGUUUGAGCAACAGGAAAGAUUACCCCUCUUUUUUCAGGACUACUACGAGUGACUACUACCAGUGUAGAGCAUUGGCAUAUUUGAUCAAGCACUUUGGCUGGUCUUGGGUGGGAACUGUGAACAGUGAUAAUGACUAUGGCAACAAUGGAAUAGCCAUUUUUCUUGAAGCAGCCAAAGAGGAAGGGAUAUGUGUUGAGUACUCUGAGAAGUUUGAGCGGUCAGAUUCUGCCAAAAUCAGGAAAGUGGUCAAUAUUAUUAAGAAAGGCACAGCCAGAGUAAUUAUCUUAGUUCUGGCUCAAAUUGACAUGAACAAUCUCAUAGACCACCUUAUUCUGAAGAAUGUCACUGGCUACCAGAUUAUUGGUGGUGAAGGAUGGAUUACAGCAGUCAACCUAGCAACACCAGCAACUUACAACAUAUUCAGUGGAGCAAUUGGUCUUGAUGUGGGAAAACUGAACAUUAAUAGUUUUGCUGACUAUGUUGUCAAUGGAUUUUGGCAAACAUUGUAUCCUUGCCUACAUACAGAGGUUAAUGUUUCUCAAACUGAAAACUGCAGGAAAUAUGAAGAUAUGAUUACAUUUGAAAACUACAAUGAAGACAUAUCAGAAUUGAGAUAUGCAAAAAAUAUCUACAAUGCAGUUUAUGCUGUGGCGCAUGCUCUGCGCAACCUGUUGAGAUGUACAGAAAAUCAGACUUGUGAGAAAGAACAAACAAUACAACCAUGGCAGGUUGUUGAGUCUCUAAAAAAAGUCAAUUUUAAAACAAAAUUGGGAGAACAGGUGUGGUUUGACAGUACUGGGGCUACAGCAGCAAAAUAUGAUGUGGUAAACUGGCAACCAGGGUUCAAUGGAGAAGUGCAGUUUAAAGUUGUGGGCUAUUAUGAUGGCUCUUUGCCAAUUGGACAACAAUUUGUCCUAAAUGAUGAAGAUAUUGUCUGGGCUGGAGAGACAAGAGAGCCAAGGUCUGUGUGCAGUGAGAGCUGUCCUCCAGGCACUAGAAAAGCAGUACAGAAUGGAAGGCAUAUCUGUUGCUAUGACUGUAUACCAUGUGCAGAGGGAGAGAUUAGUAACCAGACAGAUUCAAAUAACUGCGACCAGUGUCCAGGAGAAUAUUGGUCUAAUGCUGACAGAGAUAAAUGUAUGUUAAAAGUCAUAGAGUUUCUUUCAUUUACAGAGGUUAUGGGGAUAAUACUGGUACUUUUUUCUUUGUUUGGUGCUACAUUAACUGUGCUAGUGGCUAUUUUAUUUCUAAUAGAAAAGGACACUCCCAUUGUUAAGGCCAACAAUUCUGAGCUGAGCUUCAUGCUGUUGUUCUCCUUGACUCUGUGUUUCCUCUGUUCACUUACUUUCAUUGGGCAGCCCUCUGAGUGGUCCUGUAUGCUGCGUCAUCCAGCAUUUGGGAUCACAUUUGUCUUCUGUAUCUCCUGUCUACUGGGAAAAACAAUAGUGGUGUUAAUGGCCUUUAGGGCUACACUUCCAGGCAGUAAUGUCAUGAAAUGGUUUGGGCCUCUACAGCAGAGACUCACUGUUCUUGCUUUCACUUUCAUACAGAUCCUUAUUUGUGUAAUUUGGCUAAUAGUUUCUCCUCCUUUCCCCUACAAGAACAUGAAUUACUACAAGGAAAAGAUUAUAUUAGAAUGUAACUUGGGCUCAGAGAUAGGUUUCUGGGUGGUGCUGGGUUAUAUAGGAGUUCUUGCCUUCUUGUGCCUUGUUUUGUCUUUUCUAGCUAGAAACCUUCCAGAUAAUUUUAAUGAAGCUAAAUUCAUCACGUUCAGCAUACUAAUAUUCUGUGCAGUGUGGAUUACCUUUAUUCCAGCUUAUGUCAGCUCUCCUGGAAAAUUUACUGUUGCUGUGGAGAUAUUUGCGAUUUUGGCCUCCAGUUUUGCUUUACUAUUCUGUAUAUUUACACCUAAAUGUUAUAUUAUUCUGUUUAAACCUGAACUAAACACAAAGAAAAAUAUGAUGGGUAAAAUGGCAUCUAAAUCACUUUAA